UGGUUGCAGCAGUUGCAGUGACCCAUGAGGUAAUAAAAAUGCAAUGAUUUGCAGCUGCAAGAUGCUGAACAAAAUGACAGUGCAGUUUUCCCUCAAAAUCUAACCUGUGCCAAACUCUGUGUUUACAUUAAAUCUGGGUUUUUUUAAGUCCUUCUUUAUAAUCAAUCUCUGCCAGUGUUUUUUGUUUGCCUUAUUCUUGGAUAAGUCCAUGAUGCUGAAAAACUCAGCUUUCAUUUCGGCCAGUCAUUUUUGUAGUGACAGCGUAAAUGGUAUGUGGUUGGCAUGGAGCCACAGCGGGUCUGGCUAGGCUUCAGGCAGCAGACUGAAGGAGAGAGAGAGAGAGUGAAAGAGAGAAGAUCAGUAUGAAAUCCAACGUAGAUAAUUAUUGGCACAGGCAUCCCAAAUAGUGCAAAGAGCAGCACCAGGCCAGCGAAGCCAGAAACACCUUAAAAAUACAGAUGUAGCUCACAAAUAAGCAAUACUUGCAGGAGAGACUGUCUGGAUCUGGAAGGCUGGUGAUGGGGGAGACUAAAGCUGCAUUUCAUGGUAUGCAGUUUUCUUUAGGUCCAUGGAUGGUGGGAGAGUGCUAUUACUCCACUGACAGGACUCCUUCUGGGGGUAGUUUGGUAUACCAGCUUUUGUAUGCCUGCUCUCUUGUCUCCAAGGCACUGAGUUCCUUUGUGCGUGAAGAUGACAGGGAAUCUGAUGGAGAAAUAAAUUGCUAAAAGGACUGGCAGCCAUAGUUCUGAUGCCUUCUCGAUUCCUUUGCUUGAAUUUUCUGCAUCUUUAAUGUAUCUGUUGUGAUCCUUCAAAACACAUGCACUAGACAGCACUGGUGACAGUCUGGUAGGCAGGGAACUUGCUGAUCUACUGCCUGUGGAAAGUUGCCUGAGGAUAAUGAUUAGGCAAAUGUUAAUGAUUUGUCAGCAUCUCUAGUUCAUUUAUUUUUAUCAACAAAGCACACUGAGCUUACAUCUAGCGAGAACAUUCAUCAGUGCAGUCCCACUAUUGGCACUCUUACUUCUGUCUCCCCCUGCCCACAUGUCACAUCUUGAGUCUAUUUAGAACUUCUCAGAGGAGGGACUAGCUUGUAUUAUGUCUUGUACAAAAGAACCGCAGUCUCAGCUGUAGCUCUGGGUGUUACUCUAAUAUGGGUAAUAAAUCACAAGGGUGAAAGCUCUUCUUUGAUGUUAUUUUACUGGGAGAGUUUAACCACUUCCCUUCUAUAAUAACCUUCUGUACAAGAUUUUUUUGGUGAAUCACAGGGACCUCAGAAGUUAAAAGUGCAGCUGAUUUCUAAAGGGCUAGGAUCAAACAGCUAUAUUGUGAUCAUCUCAAGAGAGGGGCCCUAGAGGAUUGUCAGAGCCACAGAAAGGCAGUCUUUGCCCUUUAGUGCUCUAAGCUGCUUGGACAAGUCCCAAGCACUGGCCUUUUCCAGCUGCAUGUGAUAACAAGUUGUUAAUGGGAAUUUGUUUUGAGGUCUCUGGCUAGCAGUAGUAAACAGUGGAAGAACACUGGCUCCAGGGACCUCCAGUCUGAUAGCGUAGGUGAGCUGGUAGGAAUACUACAGAAAUGCGUUUCCCUGCUUGUUCAGGUAUUCCUGUUGAUCUUGCCUUUCUAGAAAGGUUCUCCCCAGCAAGCUUCAGGCAAAAUCUGUGAGAGGGACUUGUUCUGGAAGCAAAGCCGAUUCAUCCCCAGAACAGACACAGUGCUGAGCACAGGACAGUUUCCUCCUAUCUGCAACCCUCUAGUCAAGACCUGGAGGAAACUGCCAGUGCAACAAUCCUCUGCAGCCAAUGGCCUGUGUAGUCCUUGACUUUUCUCCUGACGUCACUACAAAGCAGAGGACUGUUCGUUAUGGAUUGCCUUCUUUUUCAGAUACACCAUCUUACUUUAGUUCUUGGUACCGCAUAUAUCACAAAGGUCUCCAAGUUAUAAAGGCACCCUUGGAAAGCUGUAAUUUUAUGUUAUGACUAUGGCUCAGGAUUCAGUGACCCAGACAAGCAGGUUACACCUUUUAAACUGUCUCCCGUCUGGAUGUUAUGUACAAUUUUUAUGAUUUCUGGGUUUUAUGUAAUUGUUCUCAACUGUCUGCAUCUGCUUUUGCUUGGAGACCUUUCUGCCUCUUGAGCUAAGAGCAGCAGAGAACCUGCCUGAGAUUCCUACUGUAAGGGCUGUUGAAAGUUCUAGGUCAGAACACAGUGGGUCAUAAGGAGUUCUAGGAUUAAAACACGAUCCUGCCAGUUGCCUGCAGAUGCAUAUAGGAAGGAGAAGUUAUUGAUCAAGUUCAAGAAAAGCCAAAACACAAGUCAAAUUCACUACUGGUCCUGUUUUUGUCAAUAAAGUUUCAUCCAAUUACACUAGAACAGGGUUUGGCCUGGAGAUGCAAGGCCUGGGGUAGGCAGGGGUGAUCUAGCAUGGCAAUUCCUCUAUUGCUGAGCAAAGAGCAGAUCUGCUGAUCGCUGCCUGCUUUCUUGAGCAGUUGCUUUUUGUGUUGGGUUAAUUUCUUGGCCAACUCUUUGUCUCUGGCGCUAAAGCACACCCUCAAAAGGAGAAUUAAUGAGACACGGAAAGAAGAAAAGAGCUUUGAUUUGCAACUCGUGCUGCCCUCAUGUUUGCACAGAAAUCCACUCCACAGCAAAGGGAGGGAUCAGAAGGCUGGGAGCCCGGGCUGCCAGGCAGGCUCAGGCACAGCUGUGCUCUUGUCUCCCACAGAGACCAUUUGGUGCCUGAAUUUGAAAGGUUACCUCAUCCUCAGUUUUAACUGAUCCUUUCUAAUAGUGUCAUGGCCCAAGCAGCAGCUGAACAGAGCAUCUGAAAGCAUCUCUGAGGGAGUAGGGUGCCCAGUCCAUCCAGGGUGCCUUUGGAGACAGUGAUUAUAGUGAGGAACUGAAUUCAACUCUUACACCCUGUAUUGUUAUGAUACUGCAGGAAUGAAGAAAAGAGCACAGGAGACUUUAAAGGAAUUCUCCGAAGCAGAGAGCAGGAGACAGACAAGUAUCCUGUUCUUUGCAGCCACAAGAUGAAGAUAAGAGAUUGGAGAUAUAGUUAAAAACAUUUUGCAACAACUUCGACAGCAAUGUCUACUCAACCAUGAUGCAGAGAGGGGCAACUGGCUCCAUGGCACUGGUUUCCUGACUACGAGUAGGGAUACAACAGUUGAAAAGGCACAGACUUUACCUCAAAAAUAAACAUUUCAAAUAUAAUUUAUGUGUGUGCAUGAAGAUAUUUAAAAGGGCUCACAUUAGGGUUGCUUCUAAUGUGAUUUGACCCUGUGAAAGAGAAGUGGAGUUUUCAUUCUUGAGUCACUUCUGAAAACCUCAAGGCCUCAACAAACCCUCGUUCAGUGCCAGGGAGCAAGUGUUUGUAUUAGUCACACAAUUAAAAAAAUACAUACAUCUUCCCCUAAUUCUCCCUCCUUCUUUAUCCACUAUGAAAGAAUAAGAAAGGGAAAAGAAAGCCCCUUGCCUUCUUCUAGUUCUUUCACCCGUACUUUUUAUUUUUAUGACAGUUCAGAAUGGUUUAGGUGGGCAAGUCCCAGGGAGCUGCAUGCAUAGAUGUCCUGACAUAAACCUUCCUUUUCACUGCACCUGGAAAGGAAAGCCAAACCAGUCAGUAUGUUUUCCUCUGGCUUCUGGUUUGCUUCGUGUUCUAAUUCAAGGAGUUGCACAAAGCUGCUGGCUUGGAGCUGCAAAGAAACAUUCAGCUUAAACAUGAAAAUUGACUUGGAAUGAUGGCAAACAGAAUUACAGGCACAAGAUAUGGGGCUACCAUAUCCCAUUUGGUGUAUACAAAGAAUCUUCCCCACGCUGUCAUGAUGUUCCUGUAAAUUCACCCUGGAAUUCCCUUUGCGUGGAGGAUCUUCUGAAUCAAAAGCUUCCUUCUACACUUCCCCUUCCAAUUACUUCCUUCAAGAUGGCAUCUGACAGCCCGGAGUCGCUAAUGACCUUGUGCACAGAUUACUGCCUUCGCAACUUGGAGGGGACUCUCUGCUACCUACUAGACAAUGAAACACUCCGGCUUCAUCCUGACAUCUUCUUGCCAAGCGAGAUUUGUGACAAACUUGUCAAUGAGUAUGUGGAGUUGGUGAAGACAGACAGCAUCUUUGAACCGCAUGAAAGCUUCUUCACCUUGUUCUCUGAUCCACGGAGCACCAGGCUAGCUCGGAUCCACCUGCGGGAACAGAUUGUGCAGGACCAGGACCUGGAGGCUAUCAGAAAGCAGGAUCUUGUUGAGCUCUACUUGACUAACUGUGAGAAGCUGACAGCCAAAAGCCUGCAAACCUUGGUGAGCUUCAGCCACACACUUAUCUCCCUUAGCCUCUUUGGCUGCUGUAAUAUCUUCUAUGAGGAGGAGAACCCUGGAGGCUGUGAAGAUGACUGUUUGGUGAACCCCACUCGCCAGGUCUUAGUUAAGGACUUUACUUUUGAAGGCUUUAGCCGCUUGCGCUUCCUGAACCUUGGCCGCUUGAUUGAGGGGGUAAAUGUGGAGACAUUGCUUCGGCCUUUGGCCUCCCUUGCAGCUCUUGAUCUCUCUGGGAUUCAGCUGAAUGAUGUGGGAUUUCUGACCCAGUGGAAGGACAGUCUGGUUUCUUUAGUGCUUUACAACAUGGACCUUUCAGAGGAGCACAUCCAAGUGAUCGCACAGCUCCGUAAGCUCAGGCACUUGGAUAUCUCCCGAGACCAUCUGUCCAGUUACUACAAAUUCAAGCUGACCCGGCGGGUUCUAAACCUGUUUGUGGAAAACUUGGUAAACCUCACUUCGCUCGAUAUCUCAGGGCACACCAUGCUGGAGAACUGCACUAUCCCAAGCAUGGAGGAGAAGAUGGGCCAGACAAGCAUUGAACCAGCAAAGAGCAGCAUUGCUCCCUUCCGGGGUCUGAAACGACCACUCCAGUUCUUGGGCCUUUUUGAAACAUCUCUCUGCCGCCUGACACAUAUUCCAGCUUACAAGGUGAGCGGGGACAAGAAUGAAGAGCAGGUUCUGAAUGCUAUUGAGGCUUACACUGAACACCGACCAGAAAUCACUUCCAGGGCCAUCAACCUCCUUUUUGACAUUGCCCGUAUCGAGCGCUGCAGCCAGCUACUGCGAGCCCUCCAGCUGGUGAUCACAGCCCUCAAGUGCCACAAGGAUGACAAAAACAUCCAGGUAACAGGCAGUGCAGCACUGUUUUACCUGACCAACUCCGAAUACCGCAUGGAGCAAAGCGUGAAGCUGCGGCAUCAAGUCAUCCAGGUGGUACUGAAUGGCAUGGAGUCCUACCAGGAAGUCACAGUACAGCGGAACUGCUGCCUCACACUGUGCAAUUUCAGCAUCCCUGAGGAGCUGGAGUUCCAGUACCGCCGAGUCAAUGAACUGCUGCUGAACAUCCUCAACCAAAGCCGGCAGGACGAGUCUAUCCAGCGCAUCGCCGUACAUCUUUGUAAUGCUCUGGUCUGCCAGGUGGACAACGAUCAUAAAGAAGCUGUGGGCAAGAUGGGUUUUGUCAUGACAAUGCUAAAGCUGAUUCAGAAGAAGCUGGCUGAUAAAAUGUGUGAUCAGGUGAUGGAGUUCUCCUGGAGUGCCCUCUGGAACAUCACUGAUGAGACCCCUGAUAACUGUGAGAUGUUCCUCAACUACAGUGGCAUGAAACUCUUCUUGGAGUGCUUGAAAGAAUUCCCAGAGAAACAGGAGCUGCACCGCAACAUGCUGGGACUCCUGGGCAAUGUAGCAGAGGUGAAAGAGCUCCGCCCACAGCUUAUGACCUCCCAGUUCAUCAGUGUGUUCAGCAACCUGUUGGAGAGCAAAGCAGAUGGGAUUGAGGUAUCCUAUAAUGCCUGUGGUGUGCUCUCCCAUAUCAUGUUUGAUGGUCCAGAGGCUUGGGGUAUAUGUGAGCCACACCGAGAAGAAGUAGUAAAGAGGAUGUGGGCAGCUAUCCAGAGCUGGGACAUCAACUCCAGAAGAAAUAUCAAUUACAGGUCAUUCGAACCAAUUCUUCGACUCCUUCCACAAGGGAUCUCUCCAGUCAGCCAGCACUGGGCAACCUGGGCACUGUAUAACCUGGUCUCCGUCUACCCUGACAAGUACUGCCCACUGCUGAUCAAAGAAGGUGGGAUUCCCCUUCUGAAGGACAUGAUUAAAAUGGCUUCAGCACGGCAAGAGACCAAGGAAAUGGCCCGGAAAGUUAUAGAGCACUGCAGUAACUUUAAGGAGGAGAACAUGGACACUUCCAGAUAGAGGCAAUCAUCUAGUGCCUCUUGCCAGCACUGUAUCCAGCUUCUCUCUAAUUCACUGUAUAUAGGGAGGACUCUUUCUUACCAACUUGGCUGUUGGAAGGAAACUUUAUGUGUGUGUGUGAGACCCUCAGUAGAUGAAGGUGAACAGGGGAGGGGGGAGGGACUUUUUGCACAACAAAAUGCUUUCAUUAAAUUAGUGGACUUUUUCGUUAUGAAGUUUCAGAUUGAAGUUUUGUGUGUAUGACUUCUGUAUAAAAAAACCAAAAACCAGACAACUACAUUAUGUAUCUCUUAACCUUUUUUUAGACCACACAGAAAGCCUCAAAUGACCAUGAGCUUGAAGACCUAGUUGUGUGAUCACUAGCAUGACAUUUUUAAUUUCCCACUUUUUAGAAAAUUCCUUUGGCUGUAUUGCAUGAGGUCCUAUAAUGUCCACAAGAACACCAGUCCUGAAUUGGCAUUGGCCACUGAAUGGGGUUACAGGCAGCGAUAAGUUAUUUAUUUGCUUAGAGAAGUUGGGGGAUUUGAUACCAGAGAGUUAGACCAAAUGGACUGACCUUCUUAAUAAUAUUUGUAAAUAGUGCAAACAGAGAAGAAAGUUUUUUUUUCAAGUCUAUUCAUUCCCAUAUGGGUUUUUAUAGAAGAUUCAUGUUAGUGGAAGCACUGCUAACUGUAUGUGGUCUAUCAGAAGUAAAACAUUCCUGUUGAUGUCAAGAGUUCUGUUUUGUCCCCUUGGCAGUACAGUAGGAUCUAUCAGCUGACCCAGACUCAUAAGUUCAGGGAUGACCAGCUCCAUUUGCACAUCUUUGGCAACAAAGAGAUUUCUCUCAAGUGAACCUGUGCAACCAGGAACAAGGUUUGUUCACAAAGGGCUACAUAUCUUAAUUACAGUCCUUCACCAUUUUUUUUAGUUGUGUUCUGUUUUAUGGGGAAGGGCUACAAAUGCCAGAGAGUGGGUUUCUGUUCAUCGUGAUAAGCUCUACUAGGCCCUAGGCAAGAGCAGCUUGUAACAUUUGUGCAAGUUCCAGUAAUGGACUGGAAGGGUUUUAUUCUUCUUUGGUCUGCAUUAGAGAUACCCACGUUCAGUGGCAAAUUGGUCUCCCCCUGUAGAAAGCACAAAUGCUGUAUUUGGAAGUGCUGACAUCCUCUUGAGACUGGAGAGUCUCCAGGCACUCUUUGGUGGGUGAUCCCAUGAGAUAGCACCUCUUGUUCCACCCCAAGCGUUUUCCUUCCCCCUCUUCUGAGGUACAAAAGGCCCUAUUCUUACCUGACUCUCACCAGCACUAACCAGUGCAGUUCCACUCAUACCAGCACCAUUGCUCUUGAUGGAGAUGAGAGUCCCACUAAAGUGUUCUUCACCUGUAAGACACUCCAGAUUAUAAUGGUUCAAGAAGGCAAAGGCCAAGGUUUAUCUCACAGCCAGGCUUUCAAUACCACAUUGUGCAAACCAUGCUUAAGAGCCCUCUGCUUGUCAUAGCUCUUUCAUGAUUCACAAACCUUCUAACCUUGGAACGGAUUUUAUGACUGGUAGCAACAAGAGAAAAUCAUGGCCAUGAGAAUUAGGACAUUUCGGGCCUCUGAGAUAGCACAGUAAACCUCACUGCUCUCUACCCUCAUAUACAUUGCUCUCAGAUUUGACUUGCUGCUAUGACAGGUUCUUCUAAUGCUCAGUUAAUGCUGUCAUUGCUGAGCACAUUAUAGGGAGCUCCUAGAGAUGCAAACUGACACUUUAAAUGACAGGACACAGCUGCCUUGCAGAGGUUUACUUUUUCUGCCAACAUGGUGUUACUCAAUAUCUUUUUUUUUCUCUUUUUAACCAUGUCAUUUGUUUUGAUAUUGUGAGCUCUGUAUUUUUUUCUUUAAGUAUUUUUAAAUACAUAUUUUUUGUGUCA